UGUAAGUUACAGGGUACUGACAAUAUGACAUCAUGGAGUUUAGUAUUACAAUUCAUUCUACUAGCAAGCUUUGGGUGUACACACGUAUAUAGUCAAGAUGGACAAUUCUAUGGGGGAUCUAUAAGCUGCACGCUGGAAAAACAAGCUAAUGACAGUUCUUUAAUCGUUGUCGAGCUUAUAACUGGUUGGGUCCUCGGGAAAGGCCCAUGUGGACCGGCAUGCAGUAUAUCUGAUAUUGGUAGAUCUACACGUGUAACUAGACCUGGUGUAGUGUCAUCACAUCCAGGUUCUCUUGGCGACUUUACGCUGAAGAAUAAGAGGCAUUUCACGACGACAACAAUAACAAAUAUAAAUGCGGUAGUGGAGAAGACAUACAACGAAACUGUUAAUGACGUUGAUGAACACAGACAAUGGGAACAGGAUAUCAUGCAUUUUAGCGUUUUAGUUGAGAAGGAUCAGGACGAAUCAUUUAUCAGCUUUGACGGGUAUUCUAGGAAUAACCUCUCCUUGCAAACUGGCAGAAAUAUGGAUCAUUGGUUUAUGGAAACUCAUAUAAGAUCUGGUAUUCGAAGUGAUACGAAGACAGCAAAUAAAGGUCCCAGAUCCCUAAGCAAACCAUUUUACAGGGUUGCCUUAAACAAAGUUUCAAAGAUCAACAUUCCAACAUUAGAUGCUGAUGGAGAUAUCGUUAAAUGUGAACAAUCAGUUCUUUCAGAAGGUGGAUCGAUCUCAACGAACCCACCGCCAAAUAUCAAAAUUUUCGAUAACUGCACCGUUUACAUAAACGCAUCAUAUUUUGCGGGCUACAGAAACAACAGUUGGAUUGCCAUUCCAGUUAGUGUCCGGGACUACAAUAGAGAUGACAUUGUUUACGGUGCCGAUUUUUACUCAGCGGGACAUUUUUCGCUAAGUUCAUCCUCUGUUCAGUUUGCUGUUCAAGUAUUGGACAAUUUAGAACAACCUUUUUUUGUUGAACCGACAUUUAAAAACAAUCAUGUUUUUAUCGUUUAUGCGGGAUCGACAUGGUCGGCGGAUAUCUACGCUGAAGCACCGCAAAAUGCCACGAUCUAUGCAUUUAAAGCGUUUGGAAUGCAACAGGAAAAUGUUAAACUGCAAAAUCCAAUUCAACAAGAUCUUGCACGUCCACAAAUAAGAUUUACAACUAUGUCAUGGAAUCCUACAAUUGCUGAUAUAGGAAGGCAUGUUGUAUGUGUCAAGGUCAAUGAUAGCAAUGGAAUUGAUUCCUUAGAGGACAGGUGUUUCUCGUUGAUUGUCCGACCUGACGUUUUCAAUUAUUCUUCAAGUUACACGCAGAAUAAGCCUUACUUUGUCGAUAUACCUUCACCAAAUCAAACGAUUGACUGCACACUUCAUGCGACAUGCACCUUAGUUCUUUAUGUUAUAUCAGCAAUGUAGGUACAAGUUUAUAUA